AAAAGUCAGCUGUCAUCUGACUGAUUAUCUGUUGUCAGUUGUCAUUCUGACAUUUGGCGUUGUGACGUGACGUGUUGUAUUUUUCGGCAAAAUUAUCCACAACUUAUUUAUGAAAAUAAAUUCAAAUAUUGAAACAAACACUCUAUUGUCGGCAUUGAAAGCAUAAUCAUGCGGAAACUAAAGGGAGCAGUUAAAGAAACAGCUAGACAAAAGCGAGAGCGGAAACAAGAGUUUGCCAAAAUGCGACAACAAAUUCAUACAGUUGUUUUGCCUACUUUCGCGGUAAUUUUUCUGUUAAUUUGCGUAUACGUGUACCUAAAAACCAGGCCGACAGCGAUGCAGUACGCGUAACAUAGGUAGCUCUAAGGUGUGUGAAAAUUGUACAUAGUAAUUAUAUAUGCCAUCAGUUUAUAUUGGUUUGAGAAAAUGUAUUUAUUAAUGUUAUAAGGUUGUGAGCCGAAGUAUAUGUAACAUAUUAACUGUGCUGAGUACUUAUUGUCACAGUAUUCCCCUACUUGUAAUUAUUGAAGUGUGCUCUAUACAUUCCACUUUAUUCGUCCACAUAUCAAUAUUAUUUUUGACAUACAAAUAUGCCAAAAUUAAUGUAAAUAAUAGAAUAAAGUUAUUAAAUUAUGUGA